AUGAUAUCGUCCUUCUGGUCCUGGUUGAGUCCCACCAGGUUAUCUGCGAUUGGUGCGGGCGACGAGGACACUGGUCUUGACUGCGGGGGUGUUUCCUCGUCGCGACGGUGCGACGAUCUGAACUUCUUGAUCCGUCGUUUCCGCACAAGCGGCUCCACAGGCACCAGGUCGGGCUGUUUCGACUCGUCGUCCCGUUUGCGUUUCGGUGCAACGUCUAUCGGCUCGUCUCCCAUAAUAAAAAAAAACAAAGAUAAUUUUUAUUUGUUUCCCCCCAAUAUGUCUUCUCGCAGAACAAGACGACAGGCCGAGCCCCACAAGGACUACGGCGACUACGACGAGAACCAUUUCGACGACGACGACUCGCUCGAGGAGGUCACGCGGUGCAUUUGCGGGAAAGACGAGCUCAUCAUCCCAGACAACGCAGGCACAGAGUUUGACGACGUGGACACAGGGUUCUUUAUCCAGUGCGAGUCGUGCUCUGUGUGGCAGCACGGGUACUGCGUGGGCAUCAUCGACGAGGACACUGCUCCGGAGAAGUACUGGUGCGAGAGCUGUCGCCCGGAACACCACGACCUGUUUACAGACAAAUAUGGGUUCCGCAGAAGCAGAUACAACCCGUACCAGGAAAUCAAACGCAACAAGCGGCGUUUGCAGGAGCGCGCGGCCGCAGAGUCGCCGGCUCCUGUGGCUUCUGCGCCAGUGAGCGUCGAGUCCGGCUCGGGAACGCCGCCUACCUCGGUCGCCACCACGCCCCCUCGUAUGGAGGUGAAGCGGGAAAAGAGUGCCGAGGAAAGCGAGAAACGCAAACGUGCCCGCGGGACGUUGAACUCGCGCGAUGCAGAGUACGAGCAGAUGCUCAAACGGGCCCUCGAGGAGUCCGCCAAGGAAAGCGGCGUCCAGCCUGACGAGGUCAACCUGUCCUCGUCCAACGAGUCUGCCUCCAGAGAGACCAGGUCCAGAAAGAAGGUGAAAGACGAGCCUUCCCAGGACGAAGAGGCCUCGCCCACAAACACUAGUCAACCACAAAAACUCACUCCGCCAACCUCGGCCUCGUCGUCCACGUCCGCAUCCACAAAGAAAUCAAAGAAAAAGAAAGAGGAGCCCCAAGACAAGAAGAAACAGCCAAAGAUCGAAUUGGCCGAGGAUAAGCCGUUCAAGGCUAACCUUCCUAGUCAGCGCAUCAGCAUGAACGAGAUGAAACGACGGGUCUUCUCCAUCAUGGAAUUUGUCUCCAACAUCCAAACAGAACUUACAAAUGAGGAAGACUUCAAACACAGCCUGCUCAAUUACACCAGCGAAGAUUCCACAGAAGAGACACUCAGGUUGCAAAAAGUCCUCAUCGAUUGCUACAACGAGUCCGUGACCCAGCUGGACUCGCUCACAGAAAAGCUCAACCCCAUUGGGCUUGACCAAGGUAUAGUUCUUGGGAUUCAGCUUGUUGCGGAACAGCUUCAUCAGCACCUGUUUCAGUCUCGGGCUGUGCUGCAUGUAUACGUUGCUGUCGCUGUUGUCGGCGAAGCUGAUCCCGUUGAUCACGUUGCCCAUGGCGGAGUUGGACACUUUUUCAAAAAUGGAGUCGUCGUCGUCCUUGAGACGCUGUGCCACGCCGCUGUUCUUCAACAGUGUCUUUACGAGCUCCAGUUUGUGGGCAGGGAACCCUGUCUGUUGCAACUGUCUUGUGAGUCUGGACAGCUGGCUCGAUGCGUGAGCUUCGUAUCUCAAGGCGUAGAGCGCGAGAAGCUUGAGCUUUGUGUUUUCGUCGAGCGGCGGCAGCGGCUGGCCGUUUUGGAGCUUUCUAUCGAACAGCAGGUCUUCCAGCUCGGCCAAGUCUGCGCUGGAGUUGUCGUUUGUGGCCAGCGACUGUUCGAGUUCGCCCACCUCCCAGAGUCUGAGCUGGUUGAUUUUCUUGUCAAUCUCGGUGGAGAGGAGCAUGUGCUUGGACAGGUUGAUGGAUGUUUUCUUGAACUCUGGGUAGUUUUCCAAGAAGAACUUCAUGUCCUUGAUGGAGCUGAUGUUGGAGCUGGUUUUCGUUUUCGCUUUGUAUGUUUCAAUGAACUUCUUCAGACUUUCCGACAGAUCGCCAAAGUUGAGAUACAUGGAUUCUUUGUAGAACUGGUCUGUUUGCUCGUUGACCACCAAUUCUUUAAGCUCUUCAGACACAUUGGCCAUCUGGGACAUGUCGACGGUGUUGUUGCGGAUUCCCAGCAGCUCGUGGAUCAUGGACUGCUUGGCGCACAUCUUGGAGUUGGACUCGUACCGGAUGACGGGCUUGUAUUUGAGCGAGAGCAGCACGGACAUGAGGCUUUGCAACGACUGGUCAAAGGCGGGCUGGUUCCACGAGUCAUGGACCAAGGGGCUGUGUGGGGCGAGUUUCUGCGGCAUUGUGAACAACGAGCUGUUGACCACGAGAUAGUCCUGGAACACUUCGACGACUUUGGAGAUCAUCUCCAGGUCGUCCGACUCUGCGAGUCUUUCCAAGUGCGAACGGGACACCGUAUUGGAGAAAUAGACGGUGUAAUUUUUGUAGUUUGGGUUGGCUAUUUCCUUGGCCAGGUCGCCGAUGGUGGCUGA